AUGCUUACACAAAUUCUACCAGUUGGAGAAGAGAUCUCGCAGUGGAUCUGUCCAUUCCGGACGUACAACAAUGAAUUCAAAACCGUUCUAGUUCCAUUCGCGCUAUCAUCACCCGAGGUGCUAGAUGCACUAUUUGCAGCAUCCUUCCACCGACUUGCCUAUUAUGGGCGAUCAGAAUUCAAUGCUAAGGCAGAGACCUUCAAAAGCUCAGCCAUUACAGGAUUGAUGAAUGGCUCUGGUCAGAUUCCUAAAUCCGAGUACCACCAGCUGGCUGCCAUAGCCGUCGUCAUCGUUCUUAUAUACGACGACAUGAUUUCAGCCCAAGACUAUUUCAGGAAUUUGACGCCGGUUUUGGUGCAUUUGAUUACAACGGUUGAUCUAAAGAGCGCGAGGAACCAGACUCUGGCACGAUUUCUCGAGGAACAACUUGGACUACUGCUCAUUCUUGUCUUGCCAUACAUGGCUCCCGACGACAAGACCGUUGAUAAAAUAUAUCGAUUUCUCGAAAAGUUCGCGAUGGCCGAUGGCGGACACAAGAGCAGACCGUCUCUGGCUUUCUGCCUGCGACAAAGCGUGACAGUCUGGCUUCGCAAAGUUAAAGACCCCAACGCUGACGUGGAUGGCAUCUUGGAAGACAUGAGAUGGCGAUUAGAAUACUCCCCUGACCUUCCUAGUUUCGACCAUUACUUGACCUGGGUCUACUUCAACUGUGCUGCUUCGGCAUCAAAGAAGACCUUGCGUGACUUCUUCACUUGCCGGCUGAAUUGGCAUACAACGACAUUCGGCUUUAAAAAUGUCAGCCUCAUGGUUGAUUUCCUGCAGGUCUUAUGGGAAAAUGAACAAACGUGGCCAUCGCUUAUCCAGUUUCAUAAUGAAUAUAUAUGCGCAUGA